UUUCUGUUUUCUCUCACUUGCUGUCAUAUCUCAUUUUAUUUAUUACAAUUUUGGUUCAUCAUUUUAAUGGAGCUGGCAUUAAAUGUAUCAUACAUAACUCUUGAUGGGUUUUUCCAUGUGAACAAAUACAGAUAUCUUUAUUUUAUGAUCAUGUUUACUGUAUACAUUCUCAUACUCUGUUGUAAUUUCACCAUUGUAUUCCUCAUUGUGGUUGAGAAAAGUCUCCAUGAGCCUAUGUACAUUUUUAUUGCAGCUUUGCUAUUGAACUCUGUUAUGUUAAGCACUGUUAUUUACCCAAAGCUUUUGAUUGACUUUUUAUCUAAAAGACAGAUCAUAUUUUAUUCCGUCUGUCUCUUUCAGUUUUUUAUGUUUUACUCCUUGGGUGGUUCAGAAUUUUUACUCUUGUUUGCCAUGGCCUAUGACAGAUAUGUGUCUAUAUGCAAACCUCUGCAAUAUCCAAUUAUCAUGACAAAAAACACUAUCAGCAUUUUUUUAACCUUAGCUUGGAUUGUGCCUUCUUCUCAGGUUGCAGUGGCAGCUGUAUUAAUGGCCAAUAAAAAAAUCUGUAACUUUACUUUCACUGGAAUUUUUUGCAACAAUACAAUUUACAAGCUUCUAUGUGUGCAUUCAAAAGCACAGACUGUAUAUGAUAUGGUUGUACUAUUUAAUGUUGCAAUUCUCCCUGCAGUUUUCAUAUUCUUCACUUACACCAGGAUACUUGUGAUAUCCUAUCAAAGCUGUAAAGAAGUCAGGAGAAAAGCUGCACAGACCUGUUUGCCCCACUUGAUAGUUUUGAUCAGCUAUUUGUGUUUGUGUGCAUUUGAUAUCAUUAUAUCUGGUCUGGAGUCUAAUUUUCCAAAGAUUGUACAUUCAAUAUUGACUUUGCAAAUCGUAAUGUAUCCUCCCCUUUUCAAUCCAAUUAUAUAUGGACUAAAAAUGAAGGAGAUUUCUAAACACCUCAAAAGGUUGUUCUGCGCUGUCAAAAUAAACUAA